GAAACAUUCUCUCGUAAGCCGCGCCUGCCUAACGUGCGCAACGUCAACGAUAAGAUAUAAUAGUAUAGUUUUCUAUGUAUGUUUAUAUAUAUGUGUAUUGAAAUCUGUGUGUGUGAUAUCACUAUAGAGCUCUGUAAUAUAUACGAUUUUGUAUAAAUUCGCGCUCGAUCAAAAUCACCGUGGUUUGGUAAAAAAAAACGUGAAGGAAGGACGACAAGUUGUCGAGUUUUUAAAAAUAUAUAUUAUCUCAAGUACAAUUAAACGUCCGUUAAGACAAGCGUCAUUCAGUGGCGUCAUCCGGUGAUAAAGAUCCGUCAGAGAAGAGACGAAAUGCGGGACGAAAUCGUUAUAAACGGCUAGUGCUAUUGAUUGACUGUGCGAUUGGUUAAACUAGAAUUACAUGCAAGUAUGGCUGCUCUGCCGUCACCCACACAGGUGGCUGGAAGCCAUGAAGCGAUUUAUGAGGCCUACUACAACCAGGCGGAUCCGAAAGGAUGUGGAAGAAUUGAGGCGAUGGAUGCAGCGAGAUUUCUUAAAAAGUCCCAGCUGAGUGAUGUAAUACUCAGCAAAAUUUGGGACAUGGCUGAUCCCCAGUCUAGGGGUUCACUUGACAAGACGGGCAUGUUUGUCGCCCUUAAAUUAUGUGCCUUUGCUCAGGCUGGACGCGAAUUAAACAUCGCCAAUUUGAGUCAAGAUAUACCUCCACCGAAGAUGGGUGACAUCAAACCAGUAGUCAAAAAAACACCGGCUGUUCCUCCCCCACCUGUUAUUUCAGCAGUCAACAGUAGCGACUGGUCGAUAAAACCGCAUGAACGCAUUAAAUACGAUCGUUUAUUUGAUGAUUUACACCCCACAAAUGGUUACAUACCGGGUAAUCAAGUUAAAGGCCUGUUAAUGGACAGCAAACUGCCAAUGGAAACGCUAGGAAAAAUAUGGGAUCUUGCUGAUAUUGACAAAGAUGGAAUGCUUGAUAGGCAUGAAUUUGUCGUCGCAAUGCAUUUGGUUUAUAAAGCCUUGGAAAAGCAUGCAAUUCCAAGUGUCCUGCCACCGGAAUUGAUGCCAGCGGGAAAGAGAAAAGACGCUCCUCUUAUCGCUGAUUUACCUGCUCCAGCGAUGGUAGCUGCACCUAUACCACCUAUUCCACCGCUACCAAAUGUAUCUGCGAUCAAUAAUUUAGUGGGUCUGCAGUCUGUCAAGCCUCCACCGCAGCAACAGCAUGUGCAGUGGGUCGUUUCAGUUGAGGAUCAAGCUGCUGCUGAUAAAUUAUUUUUACAAGCUGACAUGGAUAUGGACGGGUUUGUCUCAGGUACUGAGAUCAAAGACGUGUUUCUUCAGAGUGGACUUCCGCAAACUAUACUCGCUCAUAUAUGGGCUCUUUGUGAUUUGGGUCAGAGUGGCAAGCUUAACAAAGAACAAUUUGCUCUCUCGAUGUGGCUCAUAAAACAAAAGUUAAGAGGAAUCGAUCCUCCUACUGCACUCACGCCUGAAAUGAUACCUCCGUCUUUAAGAAAAUUCACUGACGGUGGAGUAGCGGAAAACAAUAACGUUCCUACUUAUUCAAACCCCGAACUCGAUAUGAUAAGUAAAGAUAUUGCUGACUUAGCUCGUGAAAGACGUCUAAUGGAACAAGAUAUUGCACAAAAAGAAGCAGAUAUUAAGAUUAAAAAUGGUGAAAUAAAAAGCCUACAGAGUGAAUUAGACACGUUAGCUGCAACUUUGAAACAAUUAGAAAACCAACGAGGAGAGGCACAAAAGCGACUGAAUGAUUUGAAAGCACAGAGGGCUGACGUAGAAAAAGAAUUGAACGAAGUCGAACAAGAAAUCCGUGUACAGCAGGAAAAGGUGGAUAAAUUGCGUCAGCAAGCAGAAGAACAAGAGUCAGUUUUAAAAACACAAGAAGACGAGCUUAAUAGUAAGCGACAAGAAUUAGAAGGACUUCGUCAAGAAGAACAGCAACUUGAGCAGCAACAGAAUACGAGUAGAGAUCAAUUAAAUGAGUUGACUAAAAACCUACAAAAUACUCAGCUCCAAAUAAGUCAAGCGAAAGCCAAAAUAACGCAUUUGGAGGAACAACAACGACAAAUGACUGAUGUAAUCGCGAUUUAUGACUCAGCCUUAGCAGCAGGAGAUCCAAAUCUCGUUCCGGAUACUAGUCUACAAUUUAAUCCGGAAAUAAAUGCACCUGAAUUUGAAAACGAAAGUUUGACAAAAUUGAAUGGUUUGGAUAACGAAAGUCAAGGAACUAAGGCUGUAAAUUCGUUUAUAGGGAUGAAUGGAUCAUCCGAUGGUUUUGAAAAUCAAAAUGAUCCAUUUACGUCCAAUAAAGCAAAAGAAGCAUUUGGAAAUAGUGAAGGUGAUCCAUUUACUAAUUUCGACGGAAGGAGAAUAUCUUCUGGGUUUGCUAGUGAUCCAUUUGCUGCGAAAGGCAAAGAAGAUUCUUAUGAUCCAUUUGGUGACAAUAAGAGAAAUGAAAAACCUGCUAUGGAAACUGCAAAAGAUCCAUUUGGAGAUGAUCCCUUCGCAAACCUUCACGCGCCAACUCGUGCUGAAAGUCCGAGUCCUGCUCUCCCACCCAAAAAAGCUAAACAACCACCACCAAGACCUGCACCUCCUCGGCCAGCUAGUGGCCCGACAGGCCCCCUCCGAGCAGCACCUGUUCCUCCCACGCCUUCACCGACACCUGAUCCAUUUUCAAACUCCAAUUCAGAUCCAUUCGCUGCUCAAAAUGACAACAACAAUGGAAACACUGGCUUCGGAUCAACUGCUACUGGAUUUGCAGACUUUGCAAAUUUCGACGCUAAGCCGGAUUUACAACCCACUCGUACGGCACCAGCGAGGCCAAUAAGCAGACCACGUGCUACACCAACGCCAACUCAAAAGCUACCCGACUUUACGGAGGAUCCAUUUAGAGACUACCGAUACGAAGAUCCAUUCGAGAUUGCAGAUCCAUUCGCCGACGAAGAUGACGCUAAUGCUAAUAAGAAGAGUCAAGGAAACAUCAACACCAACGGCCGUAAACUUGAUCCAUUUGGAUUCGAGACAACAGCAACACCUGGAAAUAAUUCUUUUGCGAACAAGGAUCCCUUUGAAAAGGGCUUUGACUCCGACUUUUCAAAGGCUUUUUCUUCAAUAAAAGAAAAUACUGAUAAAGUGGAUAAUUUUAUGACUGACACGAAAAACAAUUCAUUCAAAAGCAUAAAUGAAUUUGACUUUUCAAAUAAUAGUAUCACUGAGACAACGAGGCCCAUUAACAAACCAAUUAAUUUUGACGAAGCUUUUGCACCAAGAAAAAAUGAUAAAAAUAUAAAUUACUCAGACCGAAAUACCGCUCAGGUAUUCGAAGACAUGUUUACUAAUGAUAAUACUCACAUAAAUAAAAACAAUAACGGAAAUGCUACAUGGAACGGGCGAAAUAAUGUGUCGAAGGUACUCUCAGAACAACAACAACUCGCUUGGGCGUCGCAACAAAGCUUGCGUGCAGAAGAGGAGCGGUCUCGGCGCAAAGCUCAAGAGGAAGCUGAUUUUGCUUACGCGAUUGAGCUCAGCAAGCAGGAAAACGCUGGCAAGUUUUAAAUUUAAAUAAACAAAAACUAAAGAUAACUUGAAUUUAAAUAAUUGAAGCGAGUUGGUGCUCAAUGAAACAACAAUUGUUAACAAUAUUUAGCAUAAUAACGAACUUUUACUCGUCUAUUUAUUAUAAUACGACGAAAAUAAGAUAAUGCGCGUGGCAUGUUGUACUGUCUCUUUUGCCUUCAACCAGUAUUUAUUCUGUAUUACGCGCCACACGAAUCCUAAAUUUAAUUUACUUCAAUUCUUAUAUAUAUGCCUUCCCAAACAAAUAAUAUUAAUAAAAUAUAUGAUAAUAUAAUAUUAAAAAAUUAUAAGCACAGACUAUAACGCAUUAUACAAAAAAUGAUAAAUGUGAAUGUAGCAGACAUCAGAAAAAUUUUAAAUUAUUAAUAAACAGAAUAAAUAAUCAUAAAAUGAUAUUUUAAAAAAUGCGCUUUUUUUUUUUUAAUUUUAUUUUCUGAUUAUUUAUUCUGUUUAUUAAUAAUUUGCAAUUUUUCUGAUGUCUGCUACAUUCACUCAUAAAAAAUGAUAGAAAAAAAAGUUAUGUUAUUUUAAAUAUAUAAAAAAAUAAUACAAUUAAAGAGUAUCAUUGUGUUUGAUUAGUUAGUAAGGUAUGCGUAUAAACUUCAUAUCAGAUAACGUAAAGUACGUAACGAGCAAUAGUUCAAUAACGUUACUUACCAAAAUAUUAAAAUUAAUCACUUGUUUAAAAGUAUACAAAAGUUUAAUGAAAACCCUCAGAUUUUUUACUUUAAGUUUGUUCGUGUAUUGCUCGAUACGUUCCAAAGACUACGGUGUUCAAGUUUAAAAUAUAAUUAAAAAACCAUUGAAUCACAAGUAAAUAGUCUAUUUGGAAAAGUUAAUUGUGCGUAUUUUUGAGUUAAAUGUUAUCUAUAACUGUUACUCAAUCAUUUUUAUUUUUUGCGAUUAUUGCUACGUACAUGUGUAUAACUUUUUGAUGUAUAUAUUCUCUUCGUUAUACUUCAGUCAUUCUUAAAUAAUUACUUUCAUUAUUAAGACGAUUAAUCAUUGUUACGUAUUAUCUUUUAACAUUUACAUUUAAUAUUUCCUUUUUUUUUUUUUUAAUUAUCUUUUUUUUUAUUCAUUCAAAAUUACAUAGAAAAUAAUUUCUUGGAGUAUGAGAAAUUUUUUCUGCAUGAAAUGAAGACAAAAAUUUUUUACGUCAAGAAAUUUUUUUUUUUCUGCGUGGGUAAUCGUCACUUUCAUAUUACGUACUAAUAUAUUUUAAUUUAAAAUCUCUGUAUAUAUCGGAGUUUCCUUACAAUUGAGAUUAUCAUGAAAAAAAAAAAAAAAAAAAAAAAAAAAAAAAAAAAAAAAAUAGUAAUAACAAGAUUCGUUAUUUGAAAGAAAAUAAUUCUUUUUUUUGCUUUGUAAAAAAAAUUAAUUUUAUCUUAAUGAAAAGCUUAUUAAGGAAAAUGCCGUAGGUAUGAAAAAAUAGAGUAAAACCGCUGAACUACUUUACAAUAAGAUUAAAUAUUAUACAAUUUAUUGCAAAGUAGCAUUAAGCUGUUUUACAAUUUAUUACAUCAAUAUUUAUUUAUUAUUUUGUUUUUUAAUUUUAUUAUUUAAGCCAAUAAAAAUAUUUACUCGCAUAAUUGAAAUACCUGGUCAGGUAAAAAACAUUAUUAUUAUUACUAUUAUAAAUUUUUUUGUUUUCACAACGAAUAAAUUUAAUGCGAUUCUCUUUAAGUAUAAUUUAUUUUAUUGAAAUUCUUUAUAAAAUGGUCGAAGCGAGUACAUAGACAAUAGCUGAUGAAAUAAAUAUAUCUAUUCAUGUAUGAACGAAUAGUUUACAGUGAAAGAGAUAUAAUAUAUGUUACAAAUGAUAAUAAUAAAAACAAUACAAAAUAAAAUAUAUAAAAAAAAAAAACAAUAAAUAAUAUGCAUAUUAAUUAUGAGUAAAAAUGGCAUUUAAUAGUAUAUUGUGUGACAAGGGAUGAAACAAAAUGAUUUCAGACCAGAGUGAAGUUGGCUGACAUCACCCGCAGUUUGAAAUCGUGUUAUAUCUUUAGUUACAUACUAUAUUUUUCAUGAUUACCUGCAUUGUAACUUGAAGUUUCAGUGUUAGCAGCCAGUCAGAAACGAGUUAAUGUUAAACCAACUAAUAAAUUGUCAUCUGUGUGAUCAAUUAAUAAAUUGUCAUCUGCAAUUUAUAAUUAAGAAACUAUAAAUAAUAUUUAUUAUUCUUACUAAUUUUUAUAAAACAAUCACAAAGUGAUAACUGUCAUUAACGCAAUAUAUUACACACCUAGGGCGGAAAGUAGAACAUUCUAACCCGUGUGUAUAGUGUCUUACUUUUCUUCGUGGUGUGCAUGAUUUUUCACCAGGCCUACACUCAAAAGUUUACAUUCCUGCCCGGUUUAGAAGAAAGUCGUUCUUUUCUUUUAUGAGAAAAGAAAUUUUAAAAACUAGCGCAUGCGCAAUUCUCACAAGAAACAAAAAUUUUAACUUUCAGGCGCAGGUCUGGUAAAAAAUUGUAUGCACACCAAGGUAGGGUUCGCUUUUGGCUUGGUAGGUAAUUAUACACGCUUGGAAUGUCCUACUUUUCACUCUAGGUGUGUAAUGUACUACCAGACCUGCAUCUGAAAGUUUAAAUUUUUUGCCUAUGGGAAGAAUAGCGCACGCGCUAAUUUUUAUCGUUAAAGAAAAGAAUGACUUUCUUCCCUUUAAACAGGGCAGAAAUUUAAACUUUCGUCAUAGGUAUGGUGAAAAUAAAAUAAAUGGUUUGAAAUUACUUAUAAACAAAUGACAAGUCAAAGUUUAAAUUGUGAAAGCCUUCAGUCAUCAGGCAGAAACAUUAAUUGGACUGAAAUUGUCUUCUUUUGACUGGUUGUCGAAGCACCGAAACUAGAAGUUUCGAUGCUGGUAUGAAAAUAUAUAAAAACAUUUAAUUUAAAAUAAAUGCAUGAAUGGAAAAAAGCGUGAGAGCGAGUAUGGUGCCUAUUUAAGAGCACAAGAAAUGAGAUUAUUAGUACUAGUAGUGUGUUACGUUACCAAUGUAUAUAUAUAUAAACAAAUUCAAAACGAAAUUAUAAAAUGGUACAUAUUAAUUAAUUAAUUAACCGUCAUCCAAUCGCGAAAAAAUUCAAACGACGUUAUCUUGAAUGAUCAUUAAUAUUUCAUAACUCAAAAAAUAUACCACAUAAAUAAUUUUAACUGUUAAUUAAAAACAAGACAAAUAAAUUAUUGAAAUAAUAAUCGCAGGAUUGUGCAGAAUUCAUAAAAAAUACUAAGGCGAUUUUUUUCUGUGUGCAUGCAUUUAGUUAUUUAGUCGCAGUUUAAUGCUAAUAAAAAUCGCAAUAAUAAUAAUGAUAAUGAUAAUAACCAUACAAGGUAUAAACUUAAAGAUACAUCAUUAUAUACAUAUAUAUAUCGUUCUCAUACACUUAUUAAAAUUUCCAAGCGCUUAAAUUAAAUUUUAAGAGAAACAAAGAUAAAAAGAUCGCCGAGUUGAAUUUACUCAUGUAUUUUGAGAAUAUAUUGUUGAUUAAACG